AUGCGGCGAGGCGGAUCAGGAAAGGCGUUCGGGGGACGCGGAGGAAAAUCGGGCGGAGGCAAGAUGAUCCGCGGAGGACGGUUGAAUUUCAGCAUGGUGAAAUGGAAGGACGUGACGCCCGUGGAAGGCAUGCACAUGCUCAUGGACCCGCGCAAUCCCGCCGCGGGAGGUACGCACAAAUCCCGCAGCAGGAGGUAUUGCAUCUGUUGCCGCGUUUCUUUUCUUCCCCCAUUUCCCCCCAUCUUCUCCCAUCGCCCCCCAUCUUCCCCCAUCUUCCCCUCAUUUCCCCCGCCAGGAUUCAUGGGGCUAGAGGAGAUUGACCCGGCGGAGUUUGAGGGGCUGGUGACUGGCGGAGCGAUAGAGGGCGGAGAGAUGGAGGGCGGAGAGGAGGGGGGCGGAGAGGAGGGGGGCGGAGAGAUGGAAGGCGGAGACUUUAAGGAGGCCGGAGGAGUGGAAGCGGGGGAAGAAUUGGGGGAAGGGGAAACAGAAGAAGCAGAGGCGGCAGUUGGGGACGGGGAUGGGGAUGCGGUGGAGGCGGAUGGGGGAGAUUGUGGAACUGGGUUGGGGGACAGGGGGACAGGGGACAGGGUUUUAGAGGGGAGUUUAACGGAGGAGGGGGAGGGGAAGGGGAAGAUGAGCAAGAGCAAGAGGCGGAAGCUGCAGCGGAAGCAGCUGAAGAAGGCUUUGAAGCGAGGGGGGCGGAGUGAGAGGAGCAAAGGUGCAGGAGAGAAGCUAGAGGAGGGCACAGAGGAGGGAGAAACGGAGGAUAGGGAGGAGGGAGAGGAGGGAAAGGAGAGAGAAGUGGAAGGGGAAGAGGAACGGGAAGAGCAAGGGGGGGAAGGAGAGGAAGACGGGGAGAGUGAUGGGGAGGCGACUGCAGAAGGCGAAGCAUCGGGCAUGGAAAUUGACGGUGCAGCAGAGGGGGUGGAAGGAAAAGGGGAUGAGGGAGAAGGCGAGGACAUAGACAUGCCAGAAUGGGAACCCCUCCGUCUGCACCCCCUCAUUCUCCGCGCCCUGCGAGACCUGGGGUUCUCCUCCCCCACGCCCAUUCAGCGCGCCUGCAUCCCCGCCGCUGCGUCCAGAGGCAGGGACGUUGUGGGCGCGGCUGAAACUGGGUCGGGUAAGACCCUCGCGUUUGCCAUUCCGAUCCUGCAGCGGUUGUUAGAUGAGAGGGAGAAGGAGAGGAGGGUGAAGGAGGGGGGAGGGGCGUGGGGAGAGGACGGGGGGGACGGGGGGGACGGGGGGGUCGGGGAAGGAGAUGGUUUGGACGGGGGAGGAGGUUGGGAGGCGGAGGGGGAUGAGGGCGCGGGGGCUGAGACGGUUGGGGAGGAGCGGAGUGGGGAAGGGGACGGGGGAAGGGAAGGGGAUAACGAGGGGGAAGGGGAGGGGGAAGGGAAGAAGGGGGUAAAGGCGGCGGGCGGCAGGGUUCGGAAGAGAGUGAAGGGGCCGCUGCGAGCGCUGAUCAUCACGCCCACGCGCGAGCUUGCGCUGCAGAUCGUAUCGCACAUAAAAGACGCGGCCCGCCACACGGGCAUCCACGUGGCCGGCAUUGUGGGCGGCAUGGCGGAGGUGAAGCAGCGGCGCGUGCUGAGCCUCGGGCCGCAGAUUGUGGUCGGCACUCCCGGGCGGCUGUGGGAGCUUAUGAGCCAAGGGGAGGCUCAUCUGGUGCAGCUCGAGUAUCUCUCCUUUCUCGUUCUCGAUGAGGCUGAUCGCAUGGCCGACCCAGGAAGGGUGGUGGCGGCUCUUAUGGAGCUGACUGGCAUGCGGCCGUCCCCUGCCAUUGUGGAUCUCACCACUGCUGAUGUGGUGGCCAGUGGUGUUCAAGAAGCGGCACUAGAGUGUGACGACAGCAUGAGGGACGUAUUUCUCCUCUACCUCCUCCGCAUGCACGGCACCUUUGGUCGCACUCUUGUCUUCUGCUCUGCCAUCUCCUCUGUCCGCCGCCUCGCCUCCCUGCUCUCCCUCCUGCAAGUCCCCUCCUUCCCCCUGCACGCGCAGCAGCAGCAGCGCCAGCGUCUCAAAGCAUUGGACCGCUUUCGGCAGCACCCUAGCGGAGUGCUGGUUGCCACUGAUGUGGCGGCACGAGGUCUCGAUGUUCCCGAGGUUCGCCUGGUGGUGCACUACCAGUUGCCCCAUACAGCAGAGGGCUACGUGCACCGCUGCGGCCGCACGGCCAGAGGCGCUUCUUCAGAAGGAUGCUCCGUGGCUCUGGUGACGCCAAAGGACUCCAUCAAAUACUCGUCGCUUCUUAGGAAACUGAAUAAGACCGGCCCACUCCCCACGUUCCCAGUUGAUCACAACUACCUUCCCAACCUCAAGCAAUGCGUCAGCCUGGCUUUAAGUGUCGACACGCUCUCCCGCAAACACUCCAAGGAGAAGGCGGAAACUUCCUGGAAGCAGCGCACUUCCAAGGCGGUGCAAGCGCUGAAGCAAGCCGUUUCGCAGCCCCUCAGGCCCACCAACCUGCGCUCACUCAUUGCUGCUUCCGGCAUGACAACUGAGCUGGCCAAUCAGCUGCGAGCAACCCCAUCCGCUGCCGCCACGGAGGGGGGAAGCGAGAUGGUGGGCGAGGGGGCAGGCAUGGGGGAAGGGGAGGGUGGAGUGGUGGGGGGAGAGGAGGGGGAAGGGGGGGGGCAUGGCAGCAGCAGAGAGGAGGUGGGGGAGGGAGGGGGAGGGGUGGUGGGGGCACUGGAGGGAGAGGAGGCAGGGGAAGGGGCAGGGAUGGGGGGAGAGGAGGCCGGGCACUUGGCAGGGGGAGUGGUGGGGGAGGGGGAAGGGGAGGGGGAGCAGGGGGAGGGGGAGGGGGCGCAGGGGGAGGGGGAGCAAGGGGAGGGGGAGGAGGGGCAGGGAGGAUGGCGGGAGUGCCGCUUAAAAGCCAUGGUUUCACCCGCGCGCACCGAGCCGCCAUUCCCCCUGGAGCGCCUCCCCGACGACAUACUCGCGCUCGUCCUCCGCUCGCUCGCGCAGACCUCCUUCCGCCACGCGCUCGUUUCCAAGCGCUGGCUCCGUCUUUCCGCGUCUGCGCUCUCCCACUUGACCGUUCAGCAUCGCGGGUUCAAAUCGAAUGAUGAUUCUAUAUUUGAGACACAUCCCUUUGAGGUCGACCGCAACGCGCAGCUUGCGUGGCUUCCGCUUCCGCACCUUCUUUCCGCGCUCCGCCGCUUCCCCGCCCUCACGCACGUGUCACUGGGCAGCUUUUCCAUCUUAUCCGCCGACGGCGACGCGCUCUUUCACUGUCUGGCCGCCACGUGUCCGCGCCUGCUCCAUCUAACGGUGGAGCAUCAGUUUGAAAUGUCGGUUACUGUAGACGGCCUCGCGUCGCUCUUCCAUGGAUGUCGCAAGCUCAGAGAACUCUUGCUAUUCACCACCAACGGCCUCCCGCAUCUCCCGGCGUCCCUCUCGCUCCUAACAGAUCUCCAAACCCUCCACGUAUGCUCGCGUACUCGCUAUGGCCACGACUCGUUACUGGAGCUCGUUUCGCCGCCCGAGAGCAUCGGCGCGCUGCAGCAGCUGCGCGAGUUGGGGAUCGGCGUGGGACUGAGUUUCCGCGGUCUCGGACUCGAUCAGAGCGUGGGCCUUUUGCGUGGUACCCUUCGCACGCUGAGCAUUACUAGUGGUGAACGCAAUUCCAGAAACUAUCACGGAGCUUCCUAA